CUCGUGAGUCACAGAGACCUGCGGGGAUCGUUAAAUGACAGCUCGACUCUGUCCACGUCAACAGCGAGACACGCCGCCAUGGACUUUAUGGCUCUGGAGCCGUCCCUCUACACAGUGAAAGCUGUUUUAAUUCUGGACAAUGAUGGAAACAGACUGUUAUCAAAGUACUAUGACCCUCAGCUUUACCCCUCCAUAAAGGAACAGAGGAAUUUUGAAAAGAACGUGUUUAACAAAUCCCACAAAGCAGACAAUGAGAUAGCGUUCUUGGAGGGGAUGACAAUUGUUUACAAAAGCAGCAUCGAUGUCUUCUUCUACGUAGUGGGCAGCACGCAGGAAAAUGAGCUGAUGCUGAUGAUGGUGUUAAACUGCCUGUUCGAGUCACUCAGCCAGAUCCUGCGGAAGAAUGUAGAGAAGCGCUUUCUCCUGGACAACAUGGAUGGCGUGUUCCUCGUGGUGGACGAAAUCAUCGAUGGGGGGGUGAUCCUGGAAAGUGACCCACAGCAAGUUGUCCAGAAGGUCAACUACCGGAUGGAGGAGGGGCCGCUGUCGGAGCAAAGCGUCGCUCAGGUUUUGCAGUCUGCCAAGGAUCAAAUCAAAUGGUCAAUACUGAAAUAGGAUAUUUAAAUGGAAAAAGGAGAGACUCCUUGUAUCUCAUUGUGCAAUAAAAUUGUGAGGCUAUACACUUGUUAUAUAAUUAUGUGCCUUUGAAACUUGCUAUUACAGAAAAAUGUGGAGUUUGCUUUUGAAGGGAGUGUUUUCAAUAAAUGUGUAAAUAAACAUUUUGCUUUUAAUAGAAAUGUAUCGUAAAUAAGAAAAUAUACUGUUACUUUCGUAUUCAGAGCUAAUUUGUCAGAGCGUCUGCUGAUAAAUUUCAGC